GGGAAUUCAAGUGACUCUUUUUCCAUCUCCCUCGACAACACACUCCCUCCCCCACGACAAUCCACCAUGGCUUCCGUCCCGAGUGUGCAAUGCUUCGGCAAGAAGAAGACGGCCACCGCUGUCGCCCACUGCAAGCAAGGCAAGGGCCUCGUCAAGGUUAACGGCCAGCCCCUCUCCCUGGUCCAGCCCGAGAUCCUCCGUUUCAAGGUCUACGAGCCCCUCCUCAUCGUCGGCGUUGACAAGUUCGCCGGUGUCGACAUCCGUGUCCGCGUUACCGGUGGUGGUCACACCUCGCAGGUCUACGCCAUCCGUCAGGCUAUCGCCAAGUCCAUUGUCGCCUACUACCAGAAGUACGUCGAUGAGCACUCCAAGAACCAGCUGAAGCAGGCUCUUGCUCAGUACGACCGCACACUCCUGGUUGCCGACAACCGCCGUGCCGAGCCCAAGAAGUUCGGUGGUCGCGGUGCCCGCUCCCGCUACCAGAAGUCCUACCGUUAAAUUUUUCUUUCUCACUUGUUACGCGGCGAAAGGGAAAAGAAAAGUUUACGGCAACGGGGAAGUGGAAUAUGUCUGUCUUCAUAUGUUUUUUCUAUCACGACUUAUUUCCAUGACUUCUUGGUGGACUGGGGACUUGGGAGGAUUCGGGGAUGUUCGAGCGGUUUUUGUUCGGUUUAACCGCUCUUACAUGAGAUCAGAGGACCGGGCUAGAGGAAUUUGGGAAAAUGACCUCUGGUUGUUGUUCCGGUGCCUUGUUGAUAUGUUUUUCACUGGCGCUGUCCUGCACGGCUGGAAAAAAUACCUAGCAUAGCCAGGAAAAUCUACUCAAAUGAUACUGGGUUUCAUCUUGUUCACA